ACUAUAUUUACACUAGCUGUUGCAAACUUGUCGUAAAGUUAAAUUCGUUUCUGUGUUAUUUGUUAAUUUAAUGUUAAUGUGGCGUCACGCCACGUUUUAUGCUAGAAAAAUUGUUUUCAUGCGCUGUUUAACGGCAAUGUUUGAUGAUUACGAGGCUAAUUUACAGCAGCAAAUGUUUCCUGAAAAUCUGCCUUCGUUGCAAAGCGGCGAACAGGUCACCCUCACACAAGCCACAUAGUUUCCCGCCAGCGAUGUCGACCACCAUCAGAUUUGGAACCAGUAGCUCUCCAUGCAACCCUGCAGCUGCCGGGAAAGCACUGGUAGAGGAAACCGUUGAAAGAGAAGACUGUGACCCAGAAAAACUUCUACAGUGCCCUUUUGACAAGAACCACCAAAUCCGUACUUGCCGCUUCCCUUACCAUCUUAUAAAGUGCAGAAAGAAUCAUCCGAAAUUGGCCAGUGAGCUAAAAACUUGCCCUUUUAAUGCACGCCAUCUCGUCCCCAAGCAUGAGCUGAUGCACCACACUGAAACCUGUGUGGACCGGAUAUCUCUGGACACGGAAGACGGGGGAAGCACCAAUGGGCAUUCUAACUGGCAGGUCCCAGUCAGUACUUGGAUAAACCCGGACAUGUCUGAGGAUUGGGACAAAGAAGCUGAUGAUGCUGCUCCACCAUUUGUGUGGGGUGUAAAGACGGUCAUGGAUCAAAAACUGGAGGCGAGGCCCACCAACAACCUUGGUUCAAGUUUUAGAACUCCUAAUACCCUCCCAUGGUCUGGUUUCUAAGCCAUAAUGUACUUUGCAUCCAGCUGCAAAGCUUAAUGUUUGGCGCUUUGUAGCGUUAUUCAUAGAUAUUUCUUAAAAUGUUUGUUCUUAGAUUUUUCCCACAUGCUUCAAAAGGUGCAGUGUGGAGGACUUGGCCACCUAGUGGUGAGGUUACAGAUCGCAACCAACUAGAGUAGAGCUCCCUAAAUGCUUCAUGCUGUUCCUUUUUUACUUUGCAUAUGUACAUUUUAUUUUUUGUUUGUACCCUGGUGUGGGAAGUAUCCUACAUUCAGAGUAUGACUGGUGUGCAUGCUUUUCUUUUUUUUUUUCUUCCAUUAACAAAUGGCACUGUUUGAAUAUCUUGUGAUUUUUAUAUUAAAG